AUGGAUUCAAAAGAAGCUCCUUGCCUACAAAUUCUUCUCGAUUAUACAGCCGCGAAUCCCGACCCCGAACAUGCUGUCUGGAAACCUGCAGAUACGUUAUCCGGGCGGAUAGAGUUAUCAAACAAUGACUAUCUCGUCAUUGAGGAGAUGACGGUAUGCUUCGAAGGUGUUUCACGGAACUGGAUACUCGAGGCAAUAUUCAUAGAAGGGAAGCCUAAGUUGACGAAGGCAGAGCAUAAAUUCCAUAGUCAGGCUCAGGACAUCUUCCUAACAAAUAUAUCUCAAAGAGUCUCGCCGGCAGGAGACUUCAUUUACGAAGCACCAUUUCACUUCUUGAUCUCUAGGGUGCUUGCAAAACCUGAUCCGUAUUCACCACAACAGUGCCUACAACUGCCUCCUUCGCUUGAGCAUGGGAAUCCGGUUAUUGACGAAUCUACCGGGAAACGCUUUGCGCAGCCAAACAUCGCAUAUUACCUACGAGUCACUGUGAGUAUCAAGGCUGGAGGAGAAGAAGAAGAUAGUAGUAGCAAGACUCUAGAAAGUUCUCUGCCAGUCACCGUUACACCAUAUACCGAAGAAUUUCCCCCUACGGAAACGAAAGAUUUCCCCUUCGAAUUCAAGGAGCAAGAAUCGAAAGCCUUGCGACGUUCCCUGACAGGUAGUUCGCUCGGAGUAAUGAAGCUGUCGAUGCACGAACCACCAGCACUUACCUAUAACCUCGGGUGUACACGUAGCAGUACAGAAGCACAACUAAAGCUGGAGUUUGAGCCGGCAAGUUCAUGUGAUGCACAUCAGAGCCUGCAAGGAUUGUCAUUCACGAUUCGUUCCUGGAUAAGGGUAAAGACAUUCUAUUCCGUGAAGUCUUUCCCAAAACUACCAAGUCAAAGCAUGAUGAGUCUCCGAGGUACAUUAAGGCUCCGAGAUGAGGCUUUGAAACUUGAGACACGGACUAUUCUGGAUGCCUCGUGGGGAUACACGUUCGAUUCAGGGAGUUCAUCAAAAGAUACCUGUCCGGAUCUUACUUUCCAGAUGGUUACGUCUGGUGGGGAGCCAGUUGAUAGAGACACAUUACAAAGACAACUGCAACCGUCGACUACUGAUCCGCCUACAGGCAGGUGGACGACUAUCCUAGGUCUUCCAAUCAAGGUCGAUACCCGACUCCUUCCUACAUUCUGCUCUUCGAUAGUUGCGCGUUUGUACACUGUGCAGCUUCGGAUCAAGGUCAAGGGUGUUCGGCAGGAGCAUUUCAAACUCGAAGUUCCCCUACAAGUCAUACACAGCUCUCUAGAUAGGCAUCAGUCCGCUACGGCGGGGCCUGUCAGAGAAGACCAACGGUUCCCGGGGUUUCGGAGAGCCUCAGCAGCCUCUUGCUUUAGUGAAGAGUCGAUGGUAAAGCAAUCAUACUCACUUUUAGAGCUGGCUGAGGAAUUUCAGGAAUCUGAGCAUGAUGACCCGCCGCCACACUACCGCCGAUAA